AGGCACCAAACUCGACGGCAGCAAGCUGCUGUAGCGACAGAGCAUCUGUGGUAGUAAGUGAGGUGCUUAGAGAAACGCUGUCAACGCGUGGGCUCUGGCAGUGCAUCUCUGUCAAUCCUGACAGAGGUGCACUUUCAGCACCGCAAUAAAAUGCUGCUGUGGGCAUUAUUGCUGGGACGAACGACUGGAUUAACGUUCGGAGUAUGCGGCGGCCGCAUGUGCAAACAGAAAUACCAGGCCUGGAAGUCGCGGAAAGAGCCCGGCAAGGGUCUCGAGGUCGGAAGAGUGGUACCAAAGUGGAUUCCGGGCGACGACUACUGCACGCUCCUCGAACGCGUCGAAGCAUGCGGCAGAGACGACCUGUUCGUGCAGACCGUGAAGUGCCGCGGCAGCUGCGAGCGCGGGCCGAACGCCAUCGCGCUCGACGACAACACGGAGGAGGAGAUCGAGCUCGAGGAGAUGUGUUUGGAGACGGGCCGCAUCACGCUGUUCGGCCUGCGGAGCCGGGCGCGCAUGGACGACGUCGUCGCCAAGGCCGCGGCCUACUGCGACGCGCGGCGGUGACGUGGGUCUUCUUUGUAAUGUGAGUAGUAG